CUGCACGUCACGCUUGCGUGAUGACGUAUCUUCCGUCUCUCCUGGCAACAGAACGACGCGAUGAGGAGUUAGAGAAGUUGCCGCAGACGGACGUUGACAGACAAAAUGGCAGGAUCCGAGCACGCUGAGGUUGAGGAGACACUGAAGAGGAUUGGUGCCCAAAAAGGUGUGAUUGGAACAAUAGUUGUCAAUGCAGAGGGUAUUCCCCUGAGAACAACUUUAGAUAACUCCACCUCAGUUCAGUAUGCAAAGGUUUUUCACCAGCUCACGAUGAAGGCCAGGAGCACAGUGAGGGACAUCGACCCUCAGAAUGACCUCACCUUCCUCCGAGUCCGCUCCAAGAAGCAUGAGAUCUUGAUUGCGCCAGAGAACGAGUUUCUGCUGAUAGUCAUCCAGAGCCCACGUGAAUAGCUGCAGGACGUUUCCACAAGAGUCUGUAUUUAGUUUGUCACAUGUUAGUGCCUUAUCUAGCCAAAAGAUGUUUUUUCCACUGUGUUUUGUUGCUCCGUGCACUGAAUAAUCCCUCCUUUUUCUACUUGAAAGUAUGUUUUCUCAAUCUACAGGAUGUAUUGAUUGUUUUUCUUUUGUAUUUCUGUCAUUUUAUGGCAAUGUAUAUUAAAUAACUCUGUCAUUGUUUAAUACUUAGAUCACCCCCGUAUGUACUGUUAAUGUGUUAAGGUGACAAAUUCAAUGAAAAACCUGAAUAAAGGAGAGGAGAAAUAUAACAAAUGCAGAUGUCA